AUGAAUGAACGUAUGAAUGCUGAAGCCCGUCCUUUAUUUUCAGGAAAAGGCUCUAGAUUAUUCAGUACAUUUCGAAAUUUGGGUCGACCAAAGAAAUCAUUACUUAAUGUGCCAGAAAGUCCAUUAAGUAUAUAUUCUUUACAUGAUAUUGGUGUUUUAGUUUACACAUUGAGAUCUAGCCACAUCCGUGAAGAAGUUAUUCAAGCAGCAGAGUGUUUGAGCCAAGCUCUGGGGCAAAUUGUUGUAAUUAAUGCAGCGGAAAUAUGGAUGGCUGGGAAAGCUCUUAUAUCGGGGGAAAAUGAUCUAGAAAUGCGCCGGUCAGGGUUUUUAUUGAUGGCAGCGUGUAUUAAAGCACAGGCAGAGCUGAGUGCAGUAGAUCGGUAUAUGUUUUACCAGGAUAUUCGGCAACACCAUGUGAAUGAAGAUUUUGCUAUGUGUUUGGACAUUAUGGGUGUAUUGACGAAUGAUGGGCGGGACAUUACUGCAAUGGAGUCUGAUAUUAUGCGUUUAUUAUCUUCAUGGCUUUAUUUGUGUUUUAAAAAUGCAGAAAACAAUCGCUCGAAAAAAUACCCUUUAUCUUCUCCUUUGUAUGGCGAUUUGUCUUAUGAGCAGCUUCUUGGGACUUUAUUUUGCUUAGUAAGGAAUAUUGUUAAGUUUCAUUAUUCAGUGUUUGAAGAAACCGAUAUGGUUAUGUUAAUUAAUGAUGUAAUUUGGAUUGGCAAAAAAACAACCCAUAAAGAUGAUAUUAAGGAUGUUAUUCAAUUUUUAGAUAUUGUUGUCCGUUUUGGAUGUAUUCCUAUUCCUGCUUUGGCUAAUUGUAUUGAAAUUCUUUGCAGUACUAAUAUUGGUGUUUUAGAAUUUUCGAAUAUUUCUUGGAAUAUCAUGAAAAAUUUAUUGAAAAGUCAUAUAGCACAUAAUGUAGUUUUGUCUCUGAAAAAGUUUCUUGAAACGAAAAGUAAAUUACAUGUAAACGUUAUUGUAGGUGCUGCACGGUUUUUGUCUUGGAUUUUAACUACGGAUGAACAAAAUAUACUCCCUUCAAUUCCUCAAGGAAUGAUUAUGGAAACAUACAAAUCAGCGCUUUCUUUAAAUAUCCCUCUGGUUGAUCUUGAAAUUUUAAAAGCUAUAAGAGAUUUUAUUAGUUGUAAAGAUGCUUUAAUACAAAUAAAAUACGAUGAUUGGGAUUUGCCACUUGAAAUAUUAUCUUCUUGCUCAAAAUAUUUGCAGUACUCUACUACUCAAACGAAACUUUUAGAGACAUGUGAUUAUGAGCUUAGUAAUGAUAUAUAUACAUCAUUGUUUCAGGUUACAAAUCAAAUUCUUCAUUUGUUACAAAAUUCUUAUAAUAACUCUUGUUAUUCUGGUCCAAAGAGGAAAUUAAUUCACUAUUUUUCUCAAAUACAUGCUUAUUUACCAGAAUCAACGUGUAUGCUUUUAUUAGACUAUUAUUCUAUUCAUCAUUUGUGCAAUCAGGAUUGUGAGAAAUGGUUAGACAAUUCUAUAUUUAUUGGGCAUUCAUUUUUUAAGUCAUCAUGUCAUACAACAAAAAUUAAAAUAAAAGCGCUUAAUCUUAUAAAAAAUGUUGCAGCUGUAGAAAAUUCUUCUUUACCUUAUAAGCUUGUGAAUGAUGUUUUGUUACCGCUUUUUGAAAAUCUUUUCGAGGAACAAGAUCAAGUUGUUAUUUUAGAAUGUAUUAAAAUAUUAGUAGAAAUAGCAUGUGAUGGAAGUGAUUCUUUUUUUAAUGAAACAGUUAAAAUUCUAGAAAAGUGUUCACUUCUUACUUUUCAUCAGAUAGAGAAGCUUAACUUUCUUUCUUUACAGAAUUCUAGAGACAAUUUUUUUACGUUAGUAUCAGGUGAAAAUAUAAUUUUUAAAGAUGAAAAAGAGAUGGUAGCAUUAGCCUCUACUAAAGGACUGAUUACUCUUCUUCUUUACUAUUUGCGUAUAGGAGAUAAUGCGAAAUUUAUUCAAUUAUAUAAAAUAAUUCUGUCUAUCGUAUCAAAUCUCGAAGGUAAUUCUGAUGCUAGAAUAGCAGCUUUGCAAAUAUUAGUACGAGUUCGUGCUGAUAGUUCUCAUUUUAUUUAUUUAGCAUCAAAUAUUGGUAAUUUACCUUUGGCACAUGAUUUUAAGCGAAAUGAAAAACUCAAGUCUUCUGAUUCAUCUGAAAUAUUUGAUAAAGAAUUAUCACUUGAGCAAAAAGCAGAUUUAAAUACAGAAAAGUCUUUUCAAAAAGAUUCUACAAAUGAUAAUAUUAAACUAAAUAAACGCACAUAUCAUGUUUUAUGGACUAUACCUGAGAAGUUACAUGUUGAGAUCUUACCUAUUCAUGAAUUCGUUACUUGUUUAAGGUCAUAUAGUAUUGAUAAAUUAGCAUUUGAGAAUGUGCUAGAACAUAAUUGUGAAAUUGAUCAAAUUUUACCGAUAUCUGCAUGGUUGAAAGUUAUACUAAAUAUUUUAAAAAAUGAAAAAGAUUGGGAAAUUUAUUUAUAUGUUCUGGUCCAUAUUAGUGCUCAAUUAAGAAAUAAACAUUUGUUUUGCGGCUCUGUUCAUGAAAUUAGGGAAUUAAGAACAUUGAUAGUUGACCAAUUAUUUAAUAAUGUUUUAGCUCCAGUGGUUUUACCAGAUAAUUUGCGAAAAACAGAUGUUAUGGUUGCUUUAAUUGACAUACUUACUGUUUUGAUUUCUUAUCAUAGUAAAUAUACAAAAAAUGAGGAAGAUGAGAUUGUAGCUUCUUUUCAAAUGGGUUUGCAAAAAUGGUCACAUACUGCAAAAUCAUGUAUUCAUGCUCUUACUAUUUGCUGUCAUGAACUUCCUGUAUCAAUGAGUAAAUUGCUAUCUGGAAUUUUAGUAAAACUUUCUCAACUAAUAACGUCUUCAACUGUAAGUAUUCACAUACUUGAAUUUUUAUCAUCUUUAGCAAAAUUACCAAAUGUUUAUGCAAAUUUUACAGAAGCUGAUUUUCGGAGAGUUUUCGGUAUUGCUUUACAGUAUAUUCAACAUAGUAAUGCAUUUACAAAAUCUCAACUUUCAGAUCGUCUUGAGAAUGCUAAAGAUCUUGGUCAAACUAAUAUAUCUAAUAUACAAAUGUCUCAAUAUGUCCUGAUUUUAGCAUAUAAUAUAAUAUCUAUAUGGUUUUUAGCUUUGAAGCUCUCAGAGAGACGAAAGUAUGUUGCAUGGAUUAUUAGGGGACUUUUACUUGCUAAUCCAUUAAAAAAUGGGUUAGAUGAGCAAAGUCAAACUUGUUAUGAUAUGCUUUUGAGGUUUUCUUAUUCUAAUGCAGAUAUUAAAGGUUGUUUAACUAAUUAUACACCUGAUCCUUCUUCUGUUUCAAAAACAUGGCUUUAUGGAAAUUCUUUUGUGACGAUUGAUACUGCAAAUUCUUCUGAUUUAAUAGAAUUGACAAUACGGAAAUCAUCAGGCACCGUUCAUUUUUCCUGUCAAGCAAGGGAGUUUAUGAAUAACGAAAUUGGUACAGAUAACUCAGACGCAAUUCAGGAUUUAUUUGUUGAAGAUUCUGAAUUUCAAAAACUACCAUUAAAACCAUUUUCUUUAGAAUCUUCUUUAUUUCUUCCUAGCUACAUUUUACUUCAAUUAUCAGUUUUUCCUGAGCUUUUGGAACAAUCUAAACCAUAUCUUUUGGCAGAUAAUGAGUUUACUAAACGAACAUUAUCGGUUUUUGAUCGAAUACCUGUUGUUGAUUUUCAUAAAAUUGGAGUCGUUUAUGUUGCACCAGGACAAAGUACAGAAUUGGAAAUUCUUGCUAAUACCUGUGGAUCAAAAGAAUAUUUGAAUUUUAUAGAAGGCCUUGGUGAUUUGACACGUUUAAAAGGAAAUAAAACUAUUUAUACUGGUGGUUUGGAUUCUGAAAAUGAUCACGAUGGUGAAUUUGCGUAUUUUUGGAAGGAUAAAAUUACUCAAAUUAUUUAUCAUUGUUGUACAUUAAUGCCUACAAAUUUAAAAACAGAUCCAAAUUGUACUUUAAAAAAGCGACAUAUUGGAAAUGAUUUUGUUAAUAUUAUUUUUAAUGACUCAGGAUCUCCAUAUAUUUUUGAUACAAUUCCUGGUCAAUUCAAUUUCAUAAAUAUUGUUAUAUCACGGAAUUCAAGAUACAAUUAUGACAUACUAUCAUGUAAUGAGCCCUUAUCCGAUGUAUAUUUUUUGGUAGAAUUGCAACAUAAAACAGGAGUGUCAGAAAUUAUUUCUUUAAAGGAAACUAUGAUGAUUUCUGCUAAAGCUCUUCCAAUUUUUGUACGUAAUCUUGCUUUGCAUGUUAGUACUUUUUCGCAGAUAUAUCAUCAAAUAGAUUGUGAAUAUAUAACGAAUUGGAGAGAACGUCUUCGUCAUAUUCUUCGUGUUAAAACAAGAUUGCAGUUAUCAGAUUCUACAUUAGAACAAUCGAAUAGCUUAUCUACAACUCAUCAAUGGACUUCAAAUUCUAAUGGUUUAAAAUUAUUAAAUCUUGAUAAUGUAAAUGAUAAUAUAACUUAUUUAGAAAAAGCACUUGACUUCACAUUGUUUUCUUAA